CGCAGCGACCCCGCCGGUGUGGGACUGAGGGACACCGGCGGUACCGGCACCGGCCUGUCGAUCAGACAGCUGGCCGUUCACCGUCUCGCUCGGUCGCGCGCGCUCUCUCUCUCUUUCUCACUCACUCACUCAUCCAUCUAUCCAUCCUUCAGUGGCUCGCGCGAGGUGAAGCUCGCGCUCCUACUUUGUUUCUUUGUCCCGCCGCCGCCGCGAGCGAGCGCGCGCGCAUGGCAUCCCCGCGGUCAACGAAGGCGCGAGCCGGGCGCACGCGAGCGCAGCUGCCGCCCUGUUACUACGAGGGAUACCUGGAGAAGAGGACGAGCCGAGACACGGUGUCCCAGCGCCUGUGGACCUGCCUUUGUGGAAAUGCCCUGUUCUUCUUCAACAGCACUAAGGACGCUGCUUAUGCAGAGAAACUGGAGCUGAGCGGCUUUGUGUCCCUGACGGACGAUGACACGCGGGACAAAAACCUGGAGGCGGCGCGUCUCACACUGCGGCUGAAGGAUGGGGAGGUGAAGCUCACGGCUCCCAGUCUGGAGGCACGAGAGCUCUGGAAGGGCUUCAUCCGCUCUGUGGUGGAGCUGUGUGUGCCCAGCUCCCUGAACCUCCUCCCGGGGCAGAUCUACAUGCUGAAGGAGGUGGUCGAGCGAGAGAGGGAGCGGCAGAGGCGCAAACCGCCGCCCACCCAGCCAGCGCCCGCUGUCCCCCUCUACCUGCCCCUUGUGGGGGAAAUACCCGCGUGCUUCCAGCCCGUGUCCCGGACGGAGGCCGAGGUUCUGCUGGAGCGACACCCCGACUGCGGCAACCUGCUCCUUCGGCCCGGCAGGGACGGCUCCUCCCUGGCGGUCACCACCCGCCAGGACCUCCACGGAUCUGUUUUCAGACACUAUCGUGUCACACAGAAACAGGAUGGAGGAUAUUUGAUUGAGGUGGAGAAUCCAAUUCCUUGUGCCACCCUCCAUGAUGUGAUCGAGCGUCUCGUGGAGAAGACGGCCGGGACGCUUCAGCCCUUCCUGCUGGAGCAGCCGUACGAGCGCAACAUCACGUUUGUGCAGUCUGAUGAUGAGAGCGGCGAGAGGAGUCUCCAGAGGACCUUUAGUGGGCCCCUCCCCAUGAUGCCUCCACUGCCCCCCAAGCCAGGCCCCCCAUGGGAGCAGGCGGAGGAGAACGUCUACCUGAACGAACCCUGCGGUCUGCGGCGCACUCGCUCCAUCCCUCCCCCCGCCACAGAAGAGCCCCCUGCUCUUCCGCCCAAGCCAGGGCGAAGGGGCUUCCAGAGGCGGAACAACUCCUCCCCGAGCCCUGCCCGUCACGGCAGCUUGUCAGAUGACAUACGGACUCAGAAGCCCCUCCCCCCACCCCCAGCCCCCCAGGAGAAUAGCAGUCAGACGAGACAGCUGAGCCAGGCGGCCGACAUGCUGGCCCAGGCAAUAUCAGAGGAGCUCAAGCUGAAGCUGGAGACCAGACGAGGCAGUCAGCACUGAUCCCUCCCCACUUCACCGCGUCGCCAGCAGAAGCACAGCUGCCCCCUGGAGCAUUGUCACUUCCCUGCGGGAUCGUCCCCUGAGGAGGGGCACCGCAGGCAGGGAGAUCACCGUUUAAAAGACUUUAAAACUGCGCGAGCUGCCUGCGUUUGUUUACUUUGCGCACGGAACGGUUAAGGAUUUGUUUAGAGGACUCUCAUGUGUCACGUUCGCUCUCUGUGCUUUGGUGCUUUGUGUCGAGACAGGCUCUCCUGGACACGCGUGUGCCGGAGGGUGCCGUUAACGUGUUUGUGCUGAAUGUGCUAGUGCUUCUUCAGGAUUAAAGGCUCUGCGCCGGAGG